GGCCAUGGCCCAGUCGCAAUCCGUGCUGGCCACCGCGUGCAUCAACCCUUGCAGCUCUGUGGGAUCCAGAUCCCUCUGAUUGUGGCGAUACCGCGUUCAUGCAUUGCUUAUCACGUUCCGUCCAGCGGCCAUGCGGACAAUGCGCGCGACCAGCUAUGACUUACAGGUGCUUACCUGGUCUGGCGACGAUCGGCCAGGAGAGGUGGUCGAUAGGAUGCUUAUACUUCUGGUCUUCUCCUUUCUUUGUUUCUUGUAUCUCUUGUGUUGAGCUCAUUGGCACUUACCAGAACUGCAGCCGCCAUGGAUAUCUCUUCCUCGCCUCUCAGCUCCACUGAAUGGAGCCUGGAUGGCAGCUCAACAUGCCCGACUACCCCCGCAUCUAGCCCGCUGUUUCGCGCUGCAAAGGUGGACGACUCGUCUUCUUUGCACUCUACAUCUCCUGCAACUGCGUCGGAGGGGAGGGCGUUUAACACGUCGAGUUCUACCUCGACCAAGAUUCCGUUGUAUGAUGGAGUCAAAAGUGUCUGCGUGGUGGGUGCAGGAUAUGUCGGCGGACCCACGGCAGCCAUACUCGCAUUGUACAAUCCGUCUGUCAGAGUGAGCGUGCUGGACCGAGACCCUCGUCGCAUCCAGAGCUGGAAGUCGCAUCAUCUCCCAGUGCACGAGCCGGCCUUACAAAAUGUGGUCCGCGUAACGAGAGAUGGGUCAGACGUCGCUCCCAAUGCGAUCAACGAGCCCUUGGCCUUCUCAAGCCGUCAUCCGAACUUAUUCUUCACAUGCGACCCGACAAGUAUCGCGCAGGCAGACAUGGUGUUCCUCGCAGUGAACACUCCCACCAAGACAUUUGGUCUGGGCGCGGGGAGGGCUACGGAUAUGAGAGCGGUUGACGGGGCUGUGCAAGAGAUUGCGCUGCAUGCGAAACCAGGAGCUAUCCUCGUGGAGAAGAGCACGGUGCCAUGUGGAACGGCGGAGAGGGUGCGGCAAACGUUGUCAACCUUGAGACCCGGCAUUUCUUUCGAGGUUCUUUCGAACCCCGAAUUUCUUUCCGAAGGAUCAGCGAUCGAGAAUCUCGUCAGCCCCGAUCGUGUCCUUAUCGGAUCAUCGGGGACCCCAUCCGGUCGCCGUGCCGCACGCAUGCUCGCGCAUCUCUACUCAUCGUGGGUGCCACCUGCACAGAUCCUGCAAGUCAACUCUUGGUCGUCAGAGCUGGCGAAGCUUGUUGCCAACGCGAUGCUGGCGCAGCGCAUCAGCAGUAUCAACUCGAUAAGCGCCAUUUGCGAGAAAACCGGCGCAGAUGUGGACCAGGUCGGACGCGCUGUCGGCAUGGACGCCCGUAUCGGAGCACAGUUCUUGAAAGCUGGUGUCGGUUUCGGGGGGUCCUGUUUUCGCAAGGACAUUGCCAGCUUAACAUACCUGGCAGAAUCUCUGGGGUUAGAGGAAGUCGCAGAUUACUGGAGACAAGUCAAUUCGAUGAACGAGUACCAGCGCGUGCGCUUUGCCCGGAAAGUCGUCGAUCGAUUUGAUGGCAACCUGACCGGACGGAAGAUUGCCGUACUGGGGUUUGCGUUCAAGAAAGAUACCGGAGACACGCGGGAAUCGCCUGUAGUAGAUGUGAUCCGAUCGCUGAUGGAAGAGCGACCCAUGGAAAUUGCCAUCUUUGAUCUGUUUUGCCACGAAGAGGAUAUCCUUCGCGAACUGGAAGUGUCCUGUGGGGCGGAGGCAAUUGCCAACGGAGUGAAGAUUAUAAGCGAUCCGUAUCUGGCUUGCUCUCAGGCUCAUGCGGUGCUCGUUAUGACCGACUGUGAACAGUUCAAAAAUGGCUGCAAACGAUCUUCUGGGAUGGUACUCGGAUCGAGAGCAGACCCCGAGGCGUACGAGAGCCUAGACGAGAUGCUUUCUCCUAGCAGAAAGAGCGAGACUUGGAACUUCCACGGAAUGACCUAUCGCCUGGCACCGCAGGACGCCUGCAGCAGCAACUGCACGGCAUGUCGCUCAUGGUCCCCUCGACCGGCAGCCAGUGAACCACUGGAGUGGGCGCGGAUCGCCUACAACCUCAAAGACCCCAAGUGGGUGUUUGACGGACGGGGAUGUCUUGAUGUUCCCGAGCUAGAGAAACUGGGACUUCAAGUGGAGGCCAUUGGGCGGAGAAACUAACAGCAAUCGAUACCCUAUAGUAUACCCCAUUCCAACUACAGGAUAACAUACAUAAUUCCAGCAAACAUUACCAUUAUAUAGCGUUGCGCAUAAACCAUCUACCCAUCAUCCUCUGAGCCAACCAAUCAUUCAAACCAUCUACAAAGAAGCCUGGAACUUCCCAUCCACCUCCUCAAUCUUCCUCACGGCACUCUUGUACCCCUCCUCCUGCUGCAACUUGUCCGCAUACUUAGCGAGCAGCGGAA